AUGGCAACCGAGUUACGAUCCUUGCGCAAACGGGAACGUCAACUUUUAAGGUCCUUAGAGGGUGUGCGUCAUUUUGUCCAGCAUUAUGAAGAGGCCAGAGAUGGCGGACAAGUCAACCUGCGAAUGCAAGGACUGGAAGAGGUCCACAAGGAAUAUUUUGCAGUUCGUAGUAAGCUAGAGUUGUUGGUUGAAGACGCUGAAUUGACGAAACACGCCGAUUCGGAUCCAGACGUGAAGCAAGAGGCAUUGGAACAUCUGGACAAUGAGAACGAUCGACUAUUGCAGGAAUUUGAAGAUCAUUUCUAUGCGCUUAAAGCAUCCAUGCUGACCUUGUUGCCGAAUUUCUUACCGCCAUUACAGUUAGGGGGACACCAAUCAUCGAUUGCUGGAGAUGAUGGUUCUGGUACGCACCAAGUAGCGACAUUUUCGAAGGUAAAGCUGCCUGAAAUCCGUCUGCCGUCAUUCAGUGGUAAAAUUUUUGAGUGGGUAACCUUCCGCGAUUCCUUUCAAAGUCUGAUUCACAGCAAUCCUCAGCUGACUGAUAUGGAUAAGUUUACAUAUCUGAGGUCGUCGUUGUCUGGUGAUGCACUGCAAGAAAUCAGUUCAGUAGGAUUGUCUGCCGCCAAUUAUAUUGUUGCGUGGGAAAUAUUGGAGAACCGCUAUGAGAACAAAAAACUCAUCGUGAAGGCUCACCUAGAUGCACUUUUUGCCAUUGAAGGUCUCAAAAGGGAGAGCUACGAUAAACUCAAUCAACUCAUUAGCGACUUUGAGAAAAAUCUCCAAAUGUUGGACAAGAUAGGUCAGAACACUUCGGAGUGGACCACCAUUCUCGCUUAUAUGGUGUGUUCCAAGCUCGAUUCUGUUACGCUACGCCAGUGGGAAACUCACCACAACUCGAAGGAGGUUCCCACGUAUGCAGCCCUUCUCAGUUUUCUCCGCAACCACUGUGAUGUUCCCCAAUCAGUCGCUCCUGCAAAAUCCCAGACCAUUGAUCAUCGUUCUUCUAAAUCAACCGUCUGUCACACUGUUGUGAAGACGUCGAACAGAUGCACAUUAUGCAGUGAAUCGUGGCAUCCUCCUUCCCAGUGUGCUAUGUUUCAACGAAUGAAGGUUUCGGAGCGCAUCGAAGCUGUUGCUAAGCACAGGUUGUGUCGUAACUGUCUGCGUCCUGGACACUAUUCAAGUUCCUGCGAGAGAGGGGUCUGUCGUCAUUGCCAACAGAAGCACCACUCCAUGCUACAUGGAGCACCCAAAUCCUCCGUUCCACACUCGCAGCCGAAACCUCCGUCUCAAGACACGCAACCGAGACAGUCACAGACUAAGCAACACAAUCCGAACCAACACAUACACACUAAUACUGCUAACUCGCAGCGCACAAACAACACACAGCCAACCACAACCACAGACACACCCACCACAAGUCAAAAUUAUGUUGCACUCCCCAUCACACCAACACACAACAUACUCCUGUCAACCGCUCUCGUGACAAUCAAGGACCGUUUUGGCAGAACAACGCUCGCACGAGCCCUGCUAGAUUCGUGUUCUCAGCACUGUUUAAUGACAGCAAGUUUUGCGAAUAAGCUGCAGUUUCAUGAAUCCCCUACAUAUUUGUCAGUUCAAGGAAUCGGUUCAUCUCGAUCAGUUUCCACCAAAUUGAUCAGUGCAGAGAUCAGUCCCAGAUCCAGGAUUAUAUCAUCCUUCACCGCAGAAAUGCAGUUCCAUGUACUACCGAAAUUGACUGUUCUUUUGCCGACGACGAGUUGCAAUCCUGCCGAGUGGGAUCUUCCAGAUUCUACUCUGAUAGCCGAUCCCGGUUUCCACGAGCCUGGCCCAGUUGAUUUGAUCAUAGGGGCGGAGUAUUACAUGGACUUGCUGAAGAAUGAGCGACAGAGAGCAACACCAUCAGGACCGACUCUGCAGAAUACGGUGUUUGGGUGGAUACUUUCGGGACGCAUUCCUAACAGUUCAAGCGGCGAACCAUGCUCACUGGUUCACGUAUGCUCGACAGCGGAGGUCGAAGAGCAGCUUACUAAAUUUUGGGAUCUGGAGACUUGUCGUACCACCAGCAUUAAUUCUGUAGAAGAAUCGUCCUGCGAACAGUUCUUCGAGCAGACUACAGUGAGAGACGAGAGUGGUAGAUUUGUUGUAACACUACCAAAAAAGAAACAUGUUAUCAGUAAACUGGGAGAUUCAAAGGCAACAGCACUUAAGCGGUUCAUGGGACUCGAACGGCGAUUCGCAGCUAAUCCAGACCUGAAGACGGUAUAUUCUGAAUUCAUCCACGAAUAUCUAACUCUCGGGCAUAUGAAGGAGGUGAUCGAGGAUAUCGACGGAGGCAAGAAGUAUUAUUUGCCGCAUCACGCUGUUCUGAAGCCGGACAGCACCACCACGAAACUCCGAGUAGUUUUCGACGCUUCCUGUCGUACAUCAACAGGAAUUUCAUUGAACGACGGCUUGAUGGUCGGUCCCGUUGUUCAGGAAGAUCUCCUCAGCAUCACGCUACGUUUUCGUACGCACCGAUUUGCAAUUGUUGCCGACAUCGCCAAGAUGUAUCGAAUGGUUCGAGUACAGGUAGCGGAUCAAUCCCUACAGCGAAUCUUAUGGAGAGAUUCUAUAGAAGAGCCAAUCCGUACGUUCGAGCUAACCACAGUCACGUAUGGAACCGCGUCUGCACCGUAUCUGGCCACGAAAUGUCUGCGCAGUUUGGCGGAAGAAGGAGCAGAAAUGCACCCAGAAGCUGCUAAGGUGCUGAAGAAGGAUUUCUACGUGGAUGAUAUGCUCUCAGGUGUAGACGACGUGGAGGACGGAAAGAAGCUGAUACAGCAGCUGGUCGAGCUGCUGGAGUCAGCUAGGUUUUCACUACGCAAGUGGAAUUCUAACAACAGAGAGCUGCUACUAAAUGUUCCUGAACACUUAAGAGACGACCGUUCGAUUCUGGAGUUAGACUCGUCUAGCUCAACUAUCAAGACGCUAGGACUUGUCUGGGAACCCAGUACCGAUCGCUUUCGAUUCACUACCCCGGUCUGGAGCUCUGCUGCGGUAAUUACCAAGCGCACAGUACUAUCAGACGUAUCGCGAUUGUUUGACCCCCUAGGGCUCGUGGGGCCAGUCAUCAUCCAAGCGAAAAUCUUCAUCCAAGAAUUGUGGAAGCAGGAGUGUUCUUGGGAUGAACCGCUGACUGCAGAGUUACAAGAGUAUUGGCACGAAUAUAGGAGAAACCUAGCCGGUUUGGAUAGCCUCUCGGUCCCCCGGUGGGUUGGAAGUAUUAGCAGCAGUGCAGCUGUGGAAAUUCACGGAUUCUGUGACGCAUCCGAGUUAGCGUAUGGAGCCUGCGUGUACAUUAGAACAGUUACAGAGGCUGGAUCCGUAGCUGUGCGGCUUUUGACGUCGAAGUCGCGGGUUGCUCCGCUUGAAAACCUAAAGAAGAAGAAGAAAAGGCAGUCUAUACCCCGCUUGGAAUUAUCAUCAGCGCUUUUGCUUGCUCAUUUGUACGAAAAGGUCGUACAGAGUCUCCGCAUUUCGGCAAAAUCGUUCUUUUGGACAGACUCGAUGAUCGUUAAGUGCUGGUUAUCAUCGUCACCAUCAAGAUGGAAGCAGUUCGUCGCAAAUCGAGUUUCCGAGAUCCAGCACAUCACGAAGGACGGCACCUGGAAUCACGUCGCAGGUGUAGAAAAUCCAGCAGACAUAAUCUCCCGUGGGAUGACCCCAGCGCAGCUUCAGUACCAACAUGCUUGGUUUGACGGACCGCACUGGCUGCUAUUGGAAGAAGCGUAUCGACCUGAGAUCAAGGAGAUAUGGGAGGAAAACAUCGAGUCAGCAGAUUUGGAGGAAAAGUCCACAACGUUGGUACUCCAGACAACCACUCCCAGUGAGAUUUUCAAACUACGAUCGUCACUGUCGGAGCUAGUUCGUAUUACGGCUUACAUUCGCCGUUUCCGAUUCAACGCUCGAGCAGUCAAUCGCAACUGCAGAAGACACAGUCCCAUCACGACAUCAGAACUCGAUGAGGCACUACAAAUGCUAGUGCGGCUAGCUCAGCAAGAAAGCUUUCCGCAGGAGCUUGCCGAUUUGUCCAAGCAACCCCACGUGCGAGAUUCGUCGCGCAUUAUUUCACUAAAGCCGAUUCUCAAGGAAGGCAUACUGUGCGUCGGCGGCCGGUUACGGCAUGCAGCUGUGUCUGCGAAUCGCAAGCAUCCGUAUAUUCUUGACCCUCAUCACCCGCUGACAAAAAUCGUAGUUGUUUACUACCAUCGAAAGCUAUUCCAUGCGGGACAGCAGCUGUUGAUUUCGGCUAUGCGAGAGCAAUUCUGGCCAGUGUACACCAGAAACCUGGUACGGCAGGUAAUCCACGAGUGCGUCGCUUGUUUUCGAGUACGGCCCAAGGCACAGGAUCAGAUCAUGGCAGAUCUUCCACCCGAGAGAGUAACUCCCUGUUCACCGUUUCGAAGAGUCGGAGUCGAUUACUGUGGACCAUUUUCUUUGGUCUAUCCGCAUCGGCGUUGCCAGCCUGUGAAAUGUUUCAUCGCUGUUUACGUUUGCCUAGUCAUCAAGGCAGUACACUUGGAGAUAGUUGCAGACCUCACCACACAGGCGUUCCUGGCAUCGUUGAAGCGAUUUACAUCUCGGCGUGGUAGACCCGAUUUGAUUAUGUGUGACAAUGCUAAGAAUUUCGUCGGUGCAAAACGGGAGCUGGAUGAACUUCGCCGACUGUUUCACAGCCAACAGUUCCAGAACGCUGUCACAAAAGAGGCAGCAAACGACAAAAUAGAGUUCCGGUUUAUUCCAGCACGUUCACCAAACUUCGGCGGGCUGUGGGAGUCCGCGGUGAAAUCCUUCAAGACGCUUUUCAAACGUUCGAUCGGCUUGCACACUCUAGUGUAUGACGAAAUGCAAACGGUUUUGGUUCAGAUCGAGGCGAUUUUGAACUCACGACCACUCACCCCAGUUAGUAACGACCCAGACGACUACGAAGCGCUAACACCGGGACAUUUCCUGGUACAGCGACCUCUGACAGCAAUUCCAGAACCCGAUCUUGAAGCGAUACCAGAAAACCGACUCUCGGCUUGGCAAAAAACACAGCGGUUCACGCAGCAGUUGUGGAAGAAAUGGUCGACACAGUACUUGUCGAAUCUUCACAACAGGACAAAGUGGACACGGCAAAGAGACAACAUACGUGUAGGCACUAUGGUUGUUCUCAAGGAAGAGAAUCUACCUCCGUUAAAAUGGCAACUAGCGCGAGUGACGGAGAUUCAGCAGGGACCAGAUCAAAACGUACGAGUCGUCAAGGUACAGACGAAGGAUGGUAGUUAUAAACGAGCGAUCUCGAAGAUUUGCGUGCUACCCAUCCGCGAUAACUUCAUUUCAUCAACCGAGGAGAACUAG